AUGGACCUGGUUCCAAACUUUUCCAUGGAAACAUGGGCACUGUUGUCAACUAUCGUCGUGCUGCUCUACCUUUAUGGAACUUCUACCCAUGGACAUUUUAAAAAUCUGGGGAUUCCUGGCCCCAAGCCUCUGCCUUUUAUUGGGACAAUGCUUUUCUACAGGAGGGGUGUGUGGAAAUGUGACAUAGAAUUCCGAAAAAAGUAUGGUGAUAUGUGGACGCUCCAUGAUGGGAUGACCCCUGUCCUGGUCAUCACAGAUCCAGACAUGAUCAAGAAGGUGUUAGUGAAAGAAUGUUAUUCAAUCUUCACAAAUCGACCUCCUCUUGGUCCUGCUGGAUUUAUGAAAAAGGGUCUCUUUAGAAGUGAGAAUGACGAAUGGAAAAGAAUUCGGUUAUUGGUUUCUCCAACUUUCACCAGUGGAAAACUGAAGGAGAUGUUCCCCAUCAUCCAGCAUUAUGGAGAUUUGCUGGUGAAAAAUAUGAGCAUAGAAGUAGAGAAAGGCAAGUCUAUUGCCAUGAGAGACAUUUUUGGUCCCUACAGCUUGGAUGUGAUCAUAAACACUUCAUUUGGAGUAAAGGUGGAUUCCCUUAACAAUCCUCAGGAUCCUUUUUUGAAUAAUGUCAGGAAGCUUUUUACACGUGACAUUUCCAAUCCAUUAGUCUUCUCUACGGCACUCUUUCCAUUUCUUUACCGAAUAUAUAAUAAACUAAACAUUUCCGUAUAUCCAAGUGAUGCUAUAACAUUUUUUAAAAAAUUUGUAGAGAAGACCAAAAAAUAUCGGCUUGAAAAUACCCAAGAGAACCCAGUAGAUCUUCUUCAGCUGAUGAUAAACUGCAAAAUUUCCAAAAAUGUGGAUGAUUCCCAUACAGCUCUCUCUGAUCUGGAGAUUGUGGCCCAAUCAAUGACAUUUGUUUUGGCUGGCCAUAAUACUACAAGCAAUGUUCUUUCCUUUAUUAUGUAUGCACUGGCCACUCAUCCUGAUGUCCAGAAGAAACUCCAGCAUGAAAUUGAUGCAGUUCUGCCCAAUAAGGCACCUGCCUCUUAUAAUUGCCUGGUAGAGUUAGAAUAUCUGGACAUGGUAAUAAGUGAAACUCUGAGAUUAUAUCCAGUUGGUGUCAGAAUUACCAGACUCAGUAAGAAAGAUGCUGAAAUCAAUGGUGUGUUCAUUCCUCAAAAUACAAAAGUAGAUGUACCUAUCUUUGUUCUUCACCGAGAUCCCAAAUACUGGCCAGAGCCUGAGAAAUUCUGUCCUGAAAGGUUCAGCAAGAAGAAUAAGGUCAGAAUCAAUCCUUAUGUAUACAUGCCUUUUGGAAAUGGUCCGAGAAACUGCAUUGGCAUGAGGUUUGCUCUCAUUAACAUGAAGCUUGCUGUUGUCAAAAUCUUGCAGAACUUUUCUGUGCAGCCUUGUGUGGAAACACAGAUUCCCUUGAAAUUAAGUAAGGAACUGAUUCUUUCUCCAGAAAAACCUAUUGUCCUGAAAGUUACAUCAAGAGAUGGAACCAUAAAUGAAGGAUGA